UCGCAAUUGCUCGCCUGGACUCUAACCGUGGACUCUUUCGACCAAUUUAGGGGCCUCAUCCGCAGGAAUGCUGUCUUCCUGACCACCAUCUUCGCCGGUGCCUUCGCUUUCGAGCUCUCCUUCGACACUGCUUCCAACAAGAUCUGGGACACCUUGAACGCCGGCCGUCAAUGGAAGGACAUCAAGCCCCGCUACUUGGUCAAUGAGGAUGAGGAUGAGGAGUAA